UCUACGCGCACAUGCGCAGAACGACAGGUGGUCGGCAACUCGAGCCAGCCGUCACGAACCUAUCGACUUCUCGUGCUCAUCAUCAGGCGCUUUCGUGUUCAAGUGAGAACGAUGUGCAGUGCUUUGUGUUGAAGGGCUCGUGGUGACAUGGCGUCUUUAUUUUAAACUUCAUAAAUGUGUUAAUACGAUUGAUAUAGUGUUCAAUUACAAUGAGUGUGAAUUAUGAUCGUGUUUGUAGACUGUGCUUGUCAUCUCGAGGCGAAUUACUGCCGAUUUUUCCUACCACCAGUUCGGAUGAGUCGGAACCUCCCGUCCUUGCAAACAAAAUAAAGGAUUGUGUCUCUGUACAGAUAACCGAAAAUGACGACCUGCCUACUAAUGUCUGCAGGAAAUGUAUGGACAAUGUAAAUAACUGGCAUAUUUUUAAGUCUGUGUGUGAAAGGACACAAAACAAGCUAGAAUCUCUAUUGAAAAAAGAUGGCAACCAACUAGAAGAGGUAAAAAUAAAAAGUGAACCAGUAUCUGAUGAAGCUUAUGAUGAUGGAGUGGUCAUUGAUGGUUCCUAUCCAGAAAAUGAGAAUGCAGCCAAUUCAGCCAAAUUGCAACCAGAAGGCCCACCAAUCUUGGCAUCAUUGGGACUCACGCCAAGGAGUGAUAAGGGCGUGGAGAGUGACAAGGAGGAAGAAGAGGAUGAAGAAGAGGUAAAUGAAUCAGCUCAAGCUCAGUCGUUCUCUAAUGUGGCUAAUAUGCCUGAAGUUUCUAUUACCGUAAUGCGACCCACAGGAGAGACCUUACACGCUCGUCAAGGUAUCCAGCAAUUAGCUUCUAAAGAAUGUCUUGUUUGUGGCCGUUCUUAUAGGUAUUCGCAUAAUGCUAGGCGCCAUGAACUCACUGCCCACAGCUUUGAUAGGUACACCAAUAAAAUAACAACCAAAAAGUCUCAUACGCAUAUGCAGCCUAAACUAAGACCCAAUCCAUUCAACCCAAAAGCGCGAUUAAUGCCGAGCCAUAAGAUGCAACUUAUGCCUAAACCGGUCCCGAAAUUAAUGCCACAAAGAAUUCAAGUUUCUCCAAAACCGAUACUAAUUAGAGCAUCUAAAGCGCCACAAAAUAAUCUACCAUAUCCUCUUCGGAUUAAAGCGUUAAAAGAUUUACAAAUAAAGAAAAAGGAACCUCAAAUUUUAAAGACAUUACUUACAUCUAAACCGGAAGUUUUAGUUUCUGAACCUGAAAUUAUAAAUUCCGGCCCUGAGAGUCCUGAAACUUUAAUAUCCGAACCAGAAAUUUCCUCUUUUCAUGUAGAGACUAUUUUAUCUGAGCCUGAUACAUAUGAUCAACCACAAGGUGAUGAGGAGGUUGAUGGUGAAGAAAAUAAUCAAACACAAAAUUAUGAUACUGUGGAUAUGGAUUCAGAAAAUGAAAUUGAAAUUGCUCGACAGCAAGAGAAUGAUGGAGAUGAAGAUGAAAAUAAUAUUGAUCAAGAUGUUGACGAUAACGAGCAUGACGAAAACAAAGCUGAUGUUAUUCAGUGUGAUGAAAAGGAUCAAAAUGAAGAAAUUUCUGAAAAAACUGGAAAUAUAACAAUUGAAAAUAAUGAUGAACUAAAAGUUGAAAAUGAAAAUAAAGAAGAUGGUAAUGAAGAAAGAGAAAAUGAAGAACAGGAAGUGAAUCAUGAAGAAAAUGAGGAAGAAGACGAGGAAGAUCUUCCUCCAAUGGAACUAGCACCUGUAGUGGAAAUAAAUGAGGAUAUGCAAACCAACUCCUAUAAUAGCGAGUUGAAUGAAGAAGAAGAAGAACUAGAUGAAACCGCUGAACUUAAUGAAGGCGAAGAGCCAAUCAAAGAGCUUGAUCCAGAUAAACUUUAUGUGACAAAAACACAAAGGGAUUUUAUAACAAAGUAUCGAGACAUCAUAGAGCAGAUAAAUACUAAACGAUGUCUUUGUUGCGAUAGAGAACAUCCUCGUAGAAAGGCCGUUAUACAGCACUUACAGAAAAAUGGGCAUAAAGUUCCAAAACACACAUGUUACAAUUGUGUAGUCACGUUUGGACACAUAGGUGCUUUACUUAGUCAUAUGAGGUCUAACACAUGCACGGAUUUGUGGAAGAUAAUUUAUAACGAAAAUGGAAUAACAGACGAUUUGGUUCUUGAAGAUGAGCCUAAGGAUAAUAAAGUUCAAUAUAAAGAUAUCUUCAAUGCUAGAUCUUAUGCAUGCAAAUUAUGUCCGGCUAAGUUCCAACUAAAACAGUUCAUUAUGAAACAUGUUUUGGAUGUUCAUGAGGAUGGACAAUCAAGAGUGCCACUCGCAUGUGUUCAUUGUGGAUCUAGAUUCAAAGAUAAGAGUUUAAUUAAAAAACAUAUUCGUAAUGGCGAAUGUACAGUUUAUAUUGCUUGUGAUUUAUGCACAGAAAAAUUUGGUAAUAUGCAAGAUUUCAGUGAUCAUGCUUUAGCUGUUCAUGCAGGAAGCUUCGAUCAAUCUGAUAAUCAGAACAAAUGUGUCGAUGGACGACCAACGGACUGUCCUAUCUGUGGAAAGAAGAAUAGCAGCUAUCCGAAUUUGGUCAAACAUUUAAAGAUUAUUCAUAAUGAAGAAACACCACAUUAUUGUCAACAUUGCGACUCGAAAUUCGAACAAGCUGCUGAUCUUAACAAACAUAUUUAUAUAGAACAUUCAGACAGAACGUUAGGCGUACAGACUACUGAACCUGAUAUGUCUCUUGUAAAAGAGGAAGCUGAAGAGUAUCACUAUUCGUGUACGGAAUGUAAUGCUAUUUUUGAAACCGUUGAUGCUUGGACAGAUCAUCAGGUUGCAGAACAUAACCAAGUCGCUCAUCAUUGUGAUCAGUGUGACAAGAAAUUCUUGCGACCGUCUGAACUUGCUGAACACAAGAACACUCAUUUGCGUGUGAAAUUUUAUCCCUGUAGUAUAUGUACUAAUUCAUAUAGUACACCUCAGAAAUUGUCUGAACAUGUCCAGCAAAUGCAUCCUGGAGUUGGUGUGGGAAUCACCCCUGGCUUUCCCUCUUUUUGUGAGAUUUGUGUAAGAUCUUUUAAAAGCCGUCAAGCAUACUCUAACCAUAUGCGUAUACAUGCAAAAGUGCCUACUACAAAUCGAAAACCAGGUGAAGCCAAAGGAUUUGCACCACAGAUUAUUGGAAAACCAAUCAGACAAUUUUCGGCAGUACAACCCGGUUUUGUUUUCAAGCCAAAUUGUAAUGUUCCUAACGCUCCUUAUUCUUGUGAUAUUUGUGGCAAAGGAUUUAUGCAUAAGAAAAAUAUAUGGAAACAUAAGAAAGUUUUGCAUGCUGAUCUUCUAAAUGACAGAAAUGACAGUGAAGAAAAUACUAUGCAAGCUUCUACUGAAGAGGAUGAGUAUAAUGUCGAUGAAAAUGGUGCAAUUUUAUCCACACCACAGUUCAACAGUUUCAAUUUUGCUAACUUUACUAAUAAUGUACAAACAGCAGAGGACCCAAUGCCCUUCUCAUGUGAACUUUGUUUCAAAAGAUUCCCUAUUGUAACUAGUUUGUGGAAACAUAAACGCGCUAAACAUGGAAUUAUCAAUGCCAGUGCCGGAGGUAGCUCUGAAACUCAAACAUCAGCUGGCGAGGGUAGCAGUAGAUCUAGUUGCACUAUAUGUAAAAUAUCAUUCUCUGAUAAAAAAUCAUAUUACCGACACAGAAAAAAUGUUCAUAAAUCUAGUGUACAAAUGUGUAAGAUUUGCGGUAAACCUCUGAGUUCAACAUUAGAACUCUAUGAGCAUCUGAAAGCUGCACAUGCUCGAGAACUCUUGGGUUAUAAUGCCAAUCAAGGAUCUAGUAAAACUCAGGAUAUGAAAGAAGAAAUUGAUGUGGAAUAUGAUAACGACCAAGAUUCAGUUGAUCCAAGCGUCGAUUACCAAGCUCGCUACCCAUGUGAUACUUGUGGUAAACAAUUUGUUGGGUUACUCGCCUUACAGAAUCAUCAAUGUAUAAAUCAGAUUCAAUCACAACCACAAACUUUUGAUUGUGAAAUUUGUCACAAGAGUUAUACGUCGAUAGCAGCCCUUAAAAGUCACCGUGGUUGGCAUUUACGGUCUCCAGAUGGAAAAGCAGCUGCAAACAAUAGCGGAUUGUGGAUGCCCCAACACAAAGUGACAAGUAAGAUUAGCAAACAUGAAGUCGUGGAUCCUGUUCAAUUGGCUCGUGUUCAACAUUCAACCACCCCAACCUCAACUGUUGUCAAAAGGAAGUUACCUCCAGAAGUGGAAGUAACUGUUGUCAACCCAAAUAAGAAACUGCGCUCCGAUGAUUCUCUAGAAAUGGAACAACAAAAUAAUUUAUCGGGUAGUGUAGAAGACAGAUAUUGCACAAUUUGUGAUAAAGAAUUCACGAAACGAGCUGCAUAUCAACGUCACAUGGACGAAGUUCAUCAGCCCAAUUCGGUGUUUUGCCCUGUCUGUGACAAAAGUUUCACUAGAAAAUCGACAUUGCUCGUCCACAUGAAGAAACAUUAUGAAGGUGGUCAGGGUAGUUCAUCUGGAACAGCUCAAGGAGAGGAUGAAGUCCACACAUGUGAUUUGUGUGGCGCUCAGUACGAAAAUGAGAAAGCACUGCGAUCUCAUCGUUCGAGACACCAUGGUGAAGAAUCUGAGGAAUCGGAAGAUGACGGAGGUGCACCUAUUGCACAACCUGGCGAGUUUACGUGUGCCCAGUGUGGCGACGGAGUUGCUACUCCUCGCGAUUUAAUUGCACACCGCACCAUGCACGCGACUCCCACAAAAUUCUUUUGUAACAUAUGCAAAGUAUACUUUGCCAGAGCUUUGGACUUAUCAUCUCAUACUCGCGCAAGACACUCGGACAACGAAAAGGUUUUUUUUCCCUGUGCCAUGUGUGAUCGCUUUUAUAUGAACAAGAAGAGUUUACAACGGCACAUAGAAACGGCUCAUUGAUGGAAUUAAAAGGGGGAAACACAAAGGGGACACAGUGAUAUUUAGAAAUAGUGACAUUUGUUUGAAUUAAAAUAUUAAUUUUCUACUGUGUGGGCUGUAUUGUCGUUGACACAGUAGUUCUAAUAUUUUCUAUACAUGUAAAUACUAUCUAAAACCAAAAGACUUGGGUGUCCCAGUUUUAUUGUGAGGUUGAUGAUAGUGUAAUUGAGGCGUCAUUCCCUGUUUUUUUUUUUUUUUGUUAUUUUU